AUGAUUCUACGGCCGACUUCAAGAAUACUACUUCCCCAGGCUAGAACAGCUAGCAGGGCAUGCUGGAGAUGCACGAACCAACUUACCGCCCUUCCUAAUCGCCAAUAUGCAUCCAAUGCGGCCCCACAACCUCAACCCUCAUCAGAUACCCCUCCGACGGCCCCGCCAUCCUCUGACAAAGCAUUCAAUCAGCCUUCAUAUGAGACAGUAGCAAGGCCCAAAGUCUUAAAAGAAAAGGAUACGGUUGAAAUCGCCCCAUUAACAAGGCCAAUCGGACAAUACAGCCCUCCAUUCCCUGGUGAAAAUCACGGAAAAGACCUUCGAUCCCUCAAACAAAAAAGGGAAGACUUCCAAAACUAUGACAGACACCUGAAAAGACGGAAAGAGCUAGCACAAGAAUGGACAAAAUCAUAUUUCCAAGAUUUCUCCGACAUGCGCCACCAGAAGGGCAAACUGUUCAUAGCCCCACCUCGUACCUUCAAGGCCGACAAGUCGCUUUUCUUCCCUAACUUCCGAGGUCGCACUUUACUCACUCCAGACAAAGUCGAUUCUACAACUCUAUUCACAGGACGAGUCUCCCUCGUCCAACUAUCUACGAAUGUUUGGGCAGACGAACAACUUAGGACUUGGACGAAAGACCUAGACGAAAACUUUGCCGGAUCAGAAUUACUUAAGGAAGAAUAUAUAUCUACACCGGAUGACCAUAUCAAGCGAUUAAUGAGCGAACCAAUGCCACCCCAAGAUGGGGUAUGGCAAAGGGUAAACAUCAACUUGCAGGAAAACUUUCUAAAGGCAUGGAUUGUCCUCAUGUCGAUGGGGAAUAUUAGAAAACAACUGGGCGAGGAACGACAUGCGCGGUAUCUAUUUGUGAGAAAGGGAGCUUCAAAUCAGGUUAAGGAGUCUGUGGCCAUGUUGAACGAGAGGAUUGGAUUAGUAUACCUCGUUGAUGCUAUGUGCAGGAUACGAUGGGCCGGAUGUGCGGAGGCGAGUGACGAGGAGAGAUCGGCCUUGAAAAUCAGUCUUGAAAAAUUGGUACUCGAAGAAAAGGCACGAAGGGAGGAGCUGAAGAAAAAGAAAAAGCUAGAGUAG